AUGUCUAAUAAAGGAGAUGAGAAAGAUAGCGAUGUAGAUAGUAAAGAUAAUGAUGAUGAAGUCGAUGGUGAAGCUGAUGGCGAAGUUAACUUAGAUGAUGAUGGUGAAGUUGACUUAGAUGAUGAUGGUGAAAUUAACUUAGAUGGUUCUACAGCAGGUUCAAUAUUACAUUUCAAUUUCAGAAAAAAAGCUCGUUCUAGUGCUGUAUGGAAAUUUUUUGAUGAUAAUUUACCAGGAAAAAGUGAAAAACUUGUUUGCAAAAAAUGCAAACAAGAAUUUUCAAAAGGGACCAGCGUUUCUACUUUAAGACGUUAUUUAAAUUCACAUUCAAUUAAUAUACCAAAAAAGCAAAGAACUUUACAUGAAUAUCGGAAUGACCCACAUCCUCAAAUUGAACAGGAACGUCGUGAUAAAGCUAUGCAAAAAGAUCAAUUUUAG